AUGAUUCAACUUGCUCCGUCGAUUUCAUCGCUUAGUUUUAAAACAAGUAUAAAACAAAGUGAAGCUAUUUCAUUGCCUGAAACAAAACCUAUCAUACAUUCACAGCAAAGUAGUUUGAUUAGAAUGAAUCAUACUGAUAAAACUACGCAAGAAAUAAACGCAACUUCUACAGUAAGUGUUCAAGAUGCAGAAUUAUUAUUAUCAUUCAGCUCAAAUGCACAAAAACCAAGAAAACUUCAUCCGAAAUUUCGACCAUAUUUUGGUGAAACAACUAAUACUCCUCUUCUGUCAUUUGAUAAUUUAACAUUAUCAAAUAAUUCAGAAAUUAUGCCUCGAAAGGGAUCAUUAUCUUCUACAUCGGAUGAAUCAUUAUCUGAUAUUUCAUCUACACCAUGUACAUCUCCAUGUCCAUCAUCAAAUGAUGAUUGUCACUCAUCUUUAUCUUCCUCAAAUUCAACUACAAGAUUUUCUCCACCAAUAACAGAUACUAAUAAUCCAGAAUAUCACAUUCUUUAUCUAAAUCUCAAUGGUGCAUAUCUUCCUAUUGCUCAAACAUCAUUUAUAAUUCAAACAACAUCAAAAUCAACAAAUACACCAAUAUCAAAACCAAAAACAAAUACACAAUUAUUAAAGUCUGAUCGAAAAAAAAACUAUAUCUGUUCACAUCCUGGUUGUAGUAAAUCAUAUUUCAAAUCAUCUCAUCUUAAAGCGCAUGUUCGUCUACAUACUGGUGAAAAGCCAUUUUCAUGCUCGUGGCCGAAUUGCGACAAAACAUUUGCACGAUCCGAUGAAUUAAGCAGACAUCGAAGACGACACACAGGAGAAAAAAAACAUGUUUGUCCUGUAUGUCAAAAAGCGUUUAUAAGAAGCGAUCAUUUGGCUAAACAUCAAAAACGUCAUACAAAAACAACAUCAUUAUUUUAA